AUGUCUAGCACAGACGCCCCAGUAUCAGCGCCCUCACGGCGAUCCCAACUCCUAACAACCCUGAGAGAGUCCUCCAGAAAAGCACAGGCAGACUUCUUCCAAAUCCAGAGAUACAACAUAGAAACCUUCUACAACCAGCCUCUCGCCGAGAUCUCCGGCUCUUUCGGCGACAUCGGCACUCUUCUCCCCAUCCUCAUCGCUCUGACGCAAAUUGGGGCCAUCUCCCUCUCCAGCACGCUCGUCUUUAGCGGACUGGCCAACAUUCUGACUGGCCUCGCCUUCGGCAUUCCCUUGCCCGUGCAGCCCAUGAAAGCGAUCGCAGCCGUAGCUUUGGCACAGGGUUUCAGCAAAUCCGAGAUAGCGAGUGCGGGCAUCUUCGUUGCCGCGGCUAUAGGAUUCUUGAGUAUUACGGGACUGAUACAUUGGUUUACCGAAAGAAUACCUAUCCCAGUGAUCAAGGGGAUACAAGUUGGUACCGGUCUAUCCCUGAUCAUCUCCGCUGGGAAUCUCUACCCCCAUUUCGACCGCCUUCGGCACCAACCCUCUCGCUUGCUGGCCAGCUCAACAUUCCGUCGCGUCCCCUAUGCCCUCUUAAUCCUCCUCGUCGGCAUCAUAUCCGUCAUCAGCACCGAUUGGCUCUACCCGGGAUGGGGCGAAGAUUUCCGACCCGACUUCAGUACUUGGCACCCGCACACAUUCGUCCCGUCACCACGAGAGUUUGGGAAGGGCACUUUAGAAGCCGGCAUCGGCCAGCUGCCUCUCACGACGCUCAACUCCGUCAUAGCGGUUGCGUUCUUGGCUCAAGACAUCCUACCAAAUGUGCGAACGCCCUCGACGACGAGCUUAGGCCUCAGCGUCAUGGCCAUCAACCUCGUCGGCUGCUGGUUCGGCGCCAUGCCCGUCUGCCACGGCUCCGGUGGACUCGCGGCCCAAUACCGCUUCGGAGCUCGCUCAGGCGCUAGCAUCAUAUUCCUCGGUUUGCUCAAACUCCUCCUCGGCCUCUUCGCCAGUAAGGUCGCUUUGGCAAUUUUCAACGGUUUCCCCAAUGUCCUUCUAUGCGUUCUAGUGAUUGCAGCGGGACUAGAGCUAGUGGGUGUCGGAGAGAGUUUGAAUACGGCUCGAUCUAGGGAUUUGAGUAACCUAGGGGAAGAUGGUGGGAAAGGAGGGGAAUUGACGGAGGAGGAAAGGAAGAGGCGGUGGGCGGUUAUGUUCAUGACUGUGGCGGGGAUAUUGGCAUUCAAGAAUGAUGCUGUGGGGUUUUUAGCGGGGAUGCUUUGCCAUUGGAGUUUCAAAGCGCAGGAUAGGUUGGAAGAGCGAAGGGCUGGAGAGGGACGAAUAAGACUGGGAGAGGGAAGAGAAGGCGAGCGCAACGCUUGA